AUGGGUUAUAUUGAAUCUGGCGGUGUAAUGGAAGAUGAUGUUGUAUACCAAGAUGAUGAGAUUUCACCAAUGAAUGGGAUAAUUGAAAUUAAGGAGAUUACAUGUUUGGGUGAUACUGUAGUUGUGGGUCAACAAGUUGAUGCAGCCAUCUUGUUAUCAACAAAUCAUGUAGAAGAAGAGGAAGAAGAGUCAGGAGACUAUGAAGACAACAAUAUCGUAUCUGAUGAAGACAGUGAUGAUUACGAUGAUGAAUAA